AUGUAUGCAUUCAAUAUGCAGUUCGAUUCUCUGAAUUACAUCUUCUACUCCACAGAGGCGCUACUCAAUGGACUCACGCUACCGUUUUCACUUGUUUUAUUCUAUUAUCUAUUAGCACAUCAACAGUUACAUACUAAUUUCAGAAUCGUCAUGACCACUUUGAACUUAGCGAACAUCAUUCACGUCUUCAAUCGCUCAACAAUUCUCUUCGCUCGUUUCUGUUGUAUCGAUAACUCUCAAGAUGCUUAUAUUCUUAACUAUACCGACUUUUUUCAUUUUUUUGCUUUCUGGAUAGAAACUAAUUCUUGGAUUGUCCUCAUAGUCGAGAGAACAAUUGCAUCUACCUUCAUCGAUACAUAUGAAAAGCUAUCGGCUUCUUUUGUAUGGCCAUCCUGUAUUGUGGUUGUUGUUUUCUCACCAGCUCUCUUCAUAAGCAUCAUAGUGACUUCUGGAAUAGUAAAUCUUGAUGCUCUUAACUAUCUAGUGGUUCAGUCCAUUCUAGUAAUUUUUACAAUUACGUCCAUUUCAAUCAUAAUGAUUGUGAACAAGAAAGCUUAUGUUAACCGUCAUGCUCAAGGCUUGGAGCUGAGCUCGAGGUUUCAAAUACAAGAGAUCAUAUCAUCUUCGUUAUAUAUUCUGCCAGUAGUCGUAUUCAAGAUAGUAUACACGAUUUGUCGCUUACUGCUUUACACUUACUCAUAUUUCUAUGGAGGUCCCAUGGGACGAGACACUUCUCAUAUAAGUCACGUGUAUGACAAUUCUUCAGCCGCGUAUAGAAUCGCAUUCUGUGUUUACCUCGUUCUAACGAAUUCUAAUUGCCCGUUUGUUAAGAAGAAGGGACGAGGAACAAAGAUGGAUUCUGAAAUCACUGAUAGAACUUUGAAUCAUUUUGAAAAUUUGCAAAAACAAUGGGAAUAA